AUGCCGGACUGCAGCAGUCUGCAGAUGGCCGGACUCGACCCGCCACCCGCGCUCCGCCGCCCUGUCCCCGCAUCGAGGGCGCUCGGGCGCUCGCGCGGAACCGCAACUAAGGGGGUGAGGGAGGCGGCGAGCAGGUUGGCAGAGCCGCUGCCACUCGGCCAUGCGUGGGAGGCCAACACGCUCACGGAGUUCGAGGUGGUUGCGGCAGAAGUUGGAUGGGGAAAGCCGGCAGGCCGGCACCCGGCACCGGCAGGGGGGGUGGGUGGAGCAGGCGGGCAGCGGGAGCCGAACCAACACGCGUUGAAGUCAAAGCUACCCAUCGCCUGA